CAUACGUGGUCGUGUCAAUUGGCAGACUGCUUAAACGUUUAAAUUAUAACCUGAAGCAAAAUAAAAACCGAACGUUCACCCUAGUGAUAAAAAGAUAUUUAUACAGCACUCGUCACGAAAGCAAUUUGUACAGUUGUUUAAUUUAUUUAUUCAUUUAGUGAGGCCGCGUAGACAGGGAAGAGCGUCGGAUUAUGUGUAACUCAAGGUGCUCAGAUAACCAUUUAUUAAAAGUGUUGUUGGCUGUGAGACCUCUGUUAUCGUGAGCGAGAUGCGAGCGCCUCGUGCGUUCACCGACGACGCGCGCUCCGCUAUCGCUCUGCAUUUUACAACCUGAUAUUUACAUCCCUGGUUUUUGGAAACGACACUUGGAAAGCAUCGGAUUAAGCGCGUAGCAGUCACGAACCAACGACGGCGGCGGUCGCGGACCACUGCUCUCAGCCUGUGUGUGUUUCAAAUAUACCGUGUCGAUCACUUUUACUGACUCUCACUUUUAUCGCGGUGUUAUAAUAUGAGUGCCAGUACUGAAAACAUCAACAGCUCCGUCGAUUUCACUAAAUCUAAUAUACAUCUGACCGGCGACCGAGAUCAGACGACAUGGAGAGAAAAAUCUAAACGCAUGUUGAAGGAAAUCAAGUAUUGUAUUCGGGAGACAACAGUGGAGCCGUGUUUGUUUACAUUUAUGUUAUGCACGGCUCUGUCAUCGCUGGCUGUGCAAAAUAUGCACUUGGAGAAGUCAUGUAGAGUCAAUUUUCAGUAUAGCGAUGAUAUAUGUGAUCGUAUCAGGGAUCGAAAUACGACCGGUCUGGAAAAAGAAUUAAAUAAUGUGCAAUCUUUAGUAGCUAAGGUUGUGGCGUGGAAGUUCCCUCUACAGACUGCGAUACCGGCUGUGAUGGUCUUGUUUAUUGGAGCAUGGAGUGAUAAGACAAAGAAAAGAAAGAUUUUUAUACUUUUUCCUUUUAUCGGAGAGAUUGUUGCGAAUAUUGGGCUUUUAUUUGCUACGUAUUAUUUCAAAGAGUUAUCACUGACAGCGACUGCUCUCAUCGAGGCUUUGCCCGCCGCAUUUACCGGCAGCUACAUUAUAAUAUUUAUGGGAAUGUACAGUUUUAUGGCUGACAGAACAACUAUUGAGGACAGGACAUUUCGGUUAGGUAUUGUUACGAUUUGUGUGAGUUUAGGGACACCAACGGGAACUGCGUUAAGUGGUAUUUUACUAAGAGUGUUGGGUUAUUACGGCAUGUUUUCGUUGUUGUUAGUGCUUCAUUUGUUUUCUUUAUUAUACGGCGUGUUCAGACUCGAAGACAUAUUACCUCCAGAUGACAAAUGUGCAAUUACAAGUGAUACAAAUGACAAAGACAAGUUUAAGAAAAUGUUCAAGGAAGUAUUUAUGCUUGUAGCGGAUACCGUGUUGGUUAUGCUUCGACCUCGGGCUUUCGGAAUGAGGACGCAAAUAAUAUCUGUUAUAUUUCUUUAUAUACUUAUGGUCGGACCACUCUAUGGUGAUUCUCAAGUCAGUUAUUUAUACGCGAUACGAAAAUUCAAUUUCAAUGAAGUUGAGUUUAGUAUUUAUGGUGCUGUUAACACUGUUCUUGGCUUAAUAGGUACAUUCUUCUGUAUAGCAUUUUUAAGCAAAAGACUGGAUGUGCAGGACAGCAUAAUAGGAGUUAUGGCUGGUGUGAGCAGGAUAGCAUCUUGCUUCGUGUUCGCAUUCGCUCCAAACAGACAAUGGUAUUACUCAGCACCAAUAUUUAACAUAUUCAGUCACACUGGAUUGACAGCUGUGAGAGCGAUUGCAACAAAAAGUGUGCCUACUGAAGAAGUUGCCAAAUUAAGUUCAUUAAUGGGCGUCACGGAGGCCAUCGCGCCGUCUAUCUACAUGCCUACCUCAAGUUACAUUUACGUAUCCACGAUAGAGAGUUUCCCAGGAGCGUUUUACUUAUUUGACGCAGCUCUUACCUUGUUUGCACUGGCCUUGUUCACAGUCAUUUAUAUUUUGGUAAAACGAAGAAAUCGAGAAGCAGUGACGGACCCCACGAGAAAGGAAGCAUAUGCAAGGACAAAUGAGGUUUCAAGAUUUUAAAGUUACUAUUGUUAAAAUUACAAAUGUAUAUUUUAAUAUGAACUGUUUAUAAGACUGUUAUUUUUCAAAUGUUUAAUACAA